ACAAAAUUCUCUGGAAUUAUCUUCAGGGACCGCUCAGCCCUAUAAAAGGGAGUCUGGCUGAGACAGGAGGAAUUGGGCAGAAGGCUGUGAAGGGCCUGGGUGGCAGCACCAUGAAGAGCUUCCCGGUGGCUCCCCUAGUUCUCCUGGUUUUCAUCCUGAGUGUCCAUCUCGGAGCUGCCAUACGUGGCAGUGAUGUGGCCAAGUUCUGCUGCUUCCAGUACAGCCACAAGAUCCUUCCCUGGAAAUAUGUGCGUUCCUAUGAAUUCACCAGGAGCAGCUGCUCUCAGCGGGCUGUGAUACUCACUACCAAAAGAGGCAAGAAAGUCUGUGCACAGCCGAAGGAAAAAUGGGUGCAAAGAUACAUUUCUUUACUGAGAGCCCAGCAACAAUUGUGACAGCCAGAUUUCCAGCCCAAGGACGCUGGACCCUGCGUCCAGUGUCUUGGCUCUGCUGCUCUUGACGGAGCCUGGAGAAUUUCUUCAGCAGAACGCUUUGUGGGCCUGGUGGGGAUGAGACGGCAUCUUCUGCCAGAGUUUAUUUAAUAAAGGUUUUUCAUAAAGAUUUGAUUUGCUCAUAAACAUUCUUAUUCAAUAAAACCUGAGU